AUGCCUCCACAGAGGGAGAGAAGCAAUCUGAAGAGAGAAAGGCCAUUGGUUUCUCAGGAAAUACAAAUAUUCAAGCUGCUGCUAACUCAUUCUUUGCCAAACCUGCAGGGCAACGCAGUUCCAGACCAUGAAUCAAAGAAGCCACGGAGAUCCCCCCGAAUCUCAUCUCAAUUGCAGCAGGAUGCCGGAUAUCUACCUUCUCCCCUAGUCAACGAGGUAAUUUCAGAAGAAAAGCGUGAAGUUGCUACAGUUUCUCCCCCAGAAGGCCGCCGAAAAGAGGCGCCUCGAGGUCAAUCGCCAGACGAGUCUUCAUGUCCCACCCAGGGUUUCUCUCAGUAUCCCCCAAUCCAAUCCAUUGACGAUGUGGAAGACGAGGCGGCCCAGGGCAUAUGGGGAUACCUCACUCCGCUAGAUAACAAUUUUGGAGGCCAAUUGGUUCUGAAGAAGCGGGACAGCACAAAUACUACACCGGUAAUUGGAGCGGCAUCAGACAUAUCAACACCGGAAAGCGCCACCUCGAAGCGUGGAACUAGAGAGAUAAACCGCGCUGGAUAUCUUAUAGGCCGACACGCAGAGUGCGAUUUCAGGAUCAAGCUCCCCACGAUAUCCAACCGCCAUUGUCUGAUAUUCCACGAAAACAGAGGAGGAGACUUUGUUGCAAUUGUAGAAGAUCUCUCUAUCAAUGGCACUUUCAUCAACGACGCCAUCAUCGGCAGGAACAAACGCCGAGAGCUCGAAAAUGGCGACGAGAUUACCAUCUUGCAAGAAUCCAGAUUCAUCUUCAACUACCCGCGGAGUCGGAACACAAGCAAGUUCCGACAGCAGUAUAAGCUCUUCGACAUGCUGGGCAGGGGACACUUUGCCUCGGUUUAUCUAUGCGCUGAACGUUCUACUGGGGUGAAGUAUGCCGUCAAACAUUUCGAGAAACGCCCAGGCGCUGUUCAGAGGCUAGACCGCGAGGCACUACAGCAAGAGAUUUCGAUGUUGAUGAGUGUCAACCAUCCGAAUAUGCUGUGUCUAAAGGAUACUUUUGACGAGAGUGACGGUGUUUACCUGAUUCUUGAACUUGCGCCAGAGGGUGAACUGUUCAACUGGAUCAUUAGGCAUCAGAAACUCAGCGAGGAGGAGACACGAAAAGUAUUCAUUCAGCUUUUUGAAGGCUUGAAAUACCUGCAUGAACGAAAUAUCAUUCACCGUGACAUAAAGCCGGAGAACAUUCUGGUUGUUGACAAAGAUCUUACCGUAAAAUUAGCAGACUUCGGCCUCGCAAAGAUUGUCGGUGAACACUCCUUCACCACCACGCUGAUGUACACACGGGCCGUUGACAUCUGGUCACUUGGAGUGGUGCUCUACAUCUGCCUGUGCGGAUUCCCUCCCUUUUCAGAUGAGCUGUACCACCCAAAAGAGUACCCAUACACUCAGAAAGAGCAGAUCCAGCUCGGAUACUUCAAGUAUCCUUCCCCGUACUGGGACUCAAUCGACUAUAGCGCCAUGGACCUUAUCGACUCUAUGAUUGAAGUCGACGUGAAGGAGCGUUUGAAAGUUGAUGAAUGUCUCGAGCACCCAUGGAUCACUGGCAUCGACCCCGAUGAGCCCAGGGUCGCAGACAGCACCGAUGACCUCGCCGGGGCUAUCGGUGGCCUCAGGGUGUCAAAAGAACGUCGACCAACUAUGGUCCGCAGGCUGCUGAGUGACAUUCAUGAAGUCACGGUCAAGCAAGUGGUGAAGACAAAGGAAGACGACCCUUCCUCCCAGAACAUAACUAUAUACCAGAAUCACCCCGUGCCUCAAGCCCAGGAGCCCAAACCGGCUGGCAAUCGGAACUCAAAGGAGUUCAUGGAACUCGGUGGAAGUGGAGACCAGGUGCUAUUCGAUGAGCAGUCUGACGACUCGCUGGAGCUUGAGAGUGAGGCACGGAAGCCGGUUGUCCAUCAGGACGACGCAGACAAGACUCCACGAGGAAGCAAGAGGUAG